AUGUCUAACUUAAAUUGCUACUGACGUUAUCGAACACGAAAAGAGCGGCGGCGAGUUAUUGCGUCAAAUGGUCAAACAGUGCCAUUACUUUCCACAGAAGCCGAGAAAAAUGGGAUAGAACAGAAUAUGCAAGCGCUUUCGUCACGUGUCGAAGAUAUCCGAUCGUCACUUGAUCAGAAAGCUGCAGCUCGUGGAGAUUUCGAAGAUGGUUAUGUACGUGGCUUUCGAGAUGCAAAUAAAUUAGGCACUGCAUCAGCGGCACGUCGACGUAUGGAUGAUGAUUACGGUAGUCGAGAUGAUCGAUUUCAUGAGGGUUAUGUUAAAGGAUUGAGAGAUGCCGGAAUGACCGGAAUGAGCGCAUCAAUGCAUAAUUUAGCACAGCGUGGUCAGGGCGCUGGAUAUUCUUCCGGUUACAUGCAAGGUUUCCGAGAUGGUAACUCAGGUUUGUUUGGUGAUCGAAUAUCUAAUAGUUUAUUGCGAAGACUAGAAGAACAAUAUCCGAAUCAAGAAGAAUUCCGUACUGGUUAUAUUGAUGGAUUCAGGGAAGGUAUUGCAAGUCGAACUUCUGGACAAAGAAGCUUUGAAGAAUCGAGACGGUUGCAAGAAAGUCUUACCAAACUUACUGAAAUAUUGCAAGAUAAAUCAAAAGGUGGUGGUGAUGAAAUACAUACUACCAAGAUUUAUCAUGUUUAUAAUCAACAACCGGAUGGUGUUGUCGCAUCAGCUUAUUCUUCUACAACCGGUCGUCAACUGGAACAGGAAUUGGAGGAGCUGACAUCCUCUUCUAGACGAUCCACUCUCAGGCGACAUUAUACGCCAGGAGAUUACUUGAAAUAUGGUAGUGAAGCGGAAGCAUAUAGUGGUAGCUUAGCAAGGAAUCGACGUUCACUUUCCGCAUCUGCACUUGGUCGAGAGCUUGCUAGAGAACAGUCGGAACGUUCACGUCUGUAUUCCGGUACCGGAACAUCGUACAUCAGUCGCGCAUCGGCUGCCGAAAGACCCAUUACGGAUACAUAUUCACGUCGCUACACAUAUCGUAGCCGCAGUGAUAUGGGUAGUCCACGCCAUUACGCAUCGCAGACAUUGCUAGACGGGACACGUCCAGGACCUUCAACACCGCACACACGUCGUGAUGCACUGCACACUUUACAACGUGAGCUUGAUACACUAUCACGUUCACCGGAUCAGUUAACAGCGCGUGGCUAUAGCUCUGAUACGGGGUACAUGAAUGAUACAAUGCGAUCGCGUACCCGUGCAUACUCAAACUAUGAUUAUGAUACGUAUCAAACAUCGAAGAGCGAAAUGCGAAGUGCGGAAACGCCUGGUGGUGUUAUCGGUGCAAGUAGUAGUGGUGCUUCAGCAAGUAUUGGAUAUGGUCCGAGAGCUACAGCAUCUACCUCAUUUAGUGCCCGUAGAGGAGAAAGUGAGAGAGAAGUUGGUAGUGGAAGGACAACAGCUGGUAAAUUAUCAUCGCAUAAUUGGCCUGAUGACCUGAUUGAUAUUGUCAACGAACCGAUGGGACAGACAUUGGAUCGAAUGAAAAAAUACAGUAAUUCAUUGUCACAGGUUGAUCGAGAUGGAGUGGAAGAAAGUGGUCCAAUACGAGAAAGAGUGGAAGAACGAUAUCAGCGCUCAUAUAAGGAAGAAUAUACAACAGGAAGGCGAUAA